AUGGAACCUGAAGCAAAGCGAUUGGUAUUCGUCGGAUAUUCCAUCCAAGAAAAAGCGUACAGGCUUGUAGAUACAAGCACAGACCGUGUUGUAAUUAGUCGUGACGUCGUGUUCAACGAAACAUCAUCCGAGCGCAGUAAUGAACUCCCAGCUGAUGAAAUUAUUGUCGAUGUUGAACCCGAUCGAUAUCAACAGGGCGAUGUCGAUGAAGAAAGUGAAUCGAGCAAUGAGCAGGAGGAGGAUUAUAAUACAGCAGAUGAAGACGACUCUUCCUCGCAGUGUAGUUCAGAUGAGCAACAUCAUUUAGCUACUAACCUAAAUUUGAAACGAUCGACAAGAGACCUUGGGGUGUGGCUCGAUGACAAGCUGUCUUUCGAGCCUCAACUCAACUCGGUCAUCGAGCGGGCCAGCAAGGUGCUGGGCCUCAUAUUUCGUAUGGCGUCUGAGGUUCAGGAUCCGCUGUGCUUGAAGGCUCUGUACUGCUGCUGGUCCUUUGUAUAG